AGAGCUUGUUAUACGGCGACAGCAACAUUAAACCAAGUCUGCUGGAUAGCUCUUUGAGAAUCGAAAUUUUAAAGAUCAGUAGAAGCAGUGAUAUAAUCUAAAUAUGGAGGUCCCGUUCAAAUCGAAGAAGCUCCGUGUUGUCCUUUUCGUAACUCUCCGGCCUCCGGCGAGGCGCGUUUUGAAUAUAUCCUGAUGAAUAUCCAGUUUAGAAGCGAUAGGUAUUCGAGUCGGAAAAUUGAAAGCCCGUUGGUUCGCGAGAAAAUAAUCUGACGACUUUACCGUUUCCUCAAGCUUUAGGCGUGUGCUUGCUUUGUAAAUUAAGAACUGAAUGUACCCACCUUUAAUUAAAUUUCGAUCACAUUAUAUUUACGAUUGGACGAUUUAGAAACUAGUGAAAAUAGUUAAAACAAUACCUUAACAAAAGUAAACUUUAAAAUGUACCUAAUUUUGCAUACUUUUUGAUUCGUUCAUCACGGAGGAAAAUACAUCUAAAGCAAAUGUUGCCUCUUCGAUCGGUCAAUCUAUUAACGCAGUUUUUGCUGGUGUUUGCAGCAGUUGCUCCCAAUUUUCUUUGUGUUGGAGCAAAUGAGGCAAACUCAAACGGAAUCGAUGGAUUUACUGGCGGCGAGUCGACAAGUCCUACGAACAAAGUUACGAAUUACUCAGAAGUGGAUACCGCAGGGACCGAACCGACAGAGUGUCCCGCGGAAAGUUUGGCGUGCGUUAGGCCCAACCACACUAAUGCAGAAAUGAUUGCAAUGGCCAUCGAGUCCGCACCUAGCAAGCAAAUGAGGGUGACUGAAAUCUACCAAUAUUUAAUGGACAAAUUCGAGUUUUUCCGAAACGGAGGGGACUGCUGGAAAAAAAGCGUUCGAUAUGUCUUGAGCAGAAGACACCGAUUUGCAAUGGUCCCGGGGAAAAAGAAAAAAGUCUACUGGACCCUCAGUGAAUAUAUUGAUACCAUAACACCAGUGCCUACAUUUGCCAAACCAACACGAAGAUCCCGCCGGCAGUUUUCUGAAAUGGAUUCGACUGCUUGUCCUCCCGAAAAUUCUGUUUGCACAAAACCAAACUACUAUAUGUGGGAAUUAAUCACCAUGGCCAUCAACUCCACUCCGAGCAAGCGAAUGAAGCUGGCUGAAAUAUACAAUUACAUUAGUGAUAACUUUGAGUAUUACCGAAACCAAGGGAAUUGCUGGCGGAAUACUGUUCGAUGGACCCUGACUGUUGACAAACGUUUCAACAAAACUCCCGGCGAUGAGAAGUCUUCCGGUUCCUUCUGGAUUCUGAGCAACCAAACAGAUAACGUAACUUAUAAAGGUGCUAAACCCACUAUCUCUACUACGCCAACAAUGACAACUCAAGCCUCUAGUCACCAAGAGCAGGCUCAAAACGCAUCGUUAGGAAGCUCUGACUUUCUGGUGAUUAGACCGAGCUCCACUUUUAUUGAUAAAACUCUGUGGGUCAAAACAUUUUGGGGCACUAGCGCUCAGAAAUUUUGGUACGUCACGGCACCCCCACGAUACGGAAAAUCUACGCUUACCAGUAUGAUGAGAUACUUCUUCAGCGUCAAACAGCUUGAGAACUCCGACUCCUCCCAGAAAGAGUACCUAGAAACGGUAAGGCAGAACUUCAAAGCGACAAACCUUUACCUUCGGGAAAGAUCCUUUUUCGACGAACAUUUCCAACGGUAUCUGGUGAUGUUCUUCGAUUUCAAACCCCUAGCCGACGUCACCGACGAAGCCACAUUUGAGGCAAAAUUCUGCGAUAUUUUGUGCGAAAUGUACGUGCGAGCCCAUCCUUUCUACGGUGGCCUCGGAGAAAGAGAGAGAUGGACCGAGUGUAGAGAAGAUUGCAAUUUAGAAUUUGAUCGAAAAGCAACCGCUUUAGGGAAACGAUUGUCUCAAGAAUUAUUCUACUACUACAACCGAACAAAAGUAAUCGUUCUGAUUGAUCAUUACGACGCUAUCAUAUAUUCACUUUUUCAAGGAGGUAUAUUGAAUUUUGACAUGGUGAAUAAAAAAAUGACGGACUAUCUCACGCCUCUGCUCCGUAAGAACGAAUGCAUCCAGAGCUCUUGGAUGACUGGCUCGUUCUACCUUGGCGGCGUCAUGAGGCCCAUGGCAAGAAUAGUCCAACAUAUUCCAUUCGACUCCAGAAAAAACUGGGCGCGGUAUUUUGGGGUCACUCAGGAUGAGGCCAGGUCAAAACUUAGGAAAUUCCAUUAAACACAGAAAGACAAAAUUAUCGAGGAAAGGUACUUGGGCUACAGGAUUGAAAACUCCAACUCACGCGUUUACGAUAUGGUUUCAAUCACGAGAUUUUUAGUGAGCCGAGAGCCAGAUUUCUAUUGGAACGAUGUUGU